GCGGCGGCGCGGAAUAUGGCGGCGGCGGCGGCGGCGGCCACGGCGACCACGGCCACUGAGGCAGGCCCGGGGCCGCUCCCGGCCCGGCCCCUCUCGGACGGGCAGAUCGACGAGGACCCGCGGGCGGCGCUGCAGGAACUCACAAGGGCAUUGGAAAAGAAUCCAGAUGAAGCAAAAUAUUACUGUCAAAGAGCUUAUGCUCAUAUUGUUCUCCAGAAUUACCAAGAUGCUGUUGCCGAUGCAAAAAAGACCCUUGAACUUAAUCCAAAUAAUUCUACAGCCCUGCUGAGGAAAGGGAUAGGUGAAUACCAUGUAAAAAACUAUGUGGCUGCUUUAGAAACUUUCAUGGAAGGACAGAAAUUAGAUGAUACGGAUAGUACUUUCAGUACCUGGAUUAAAAAGUGUCAAGAAGCUCAAAAUGCAUCACAGUCUGAAGUGCAAGUUCAGCCAUCAAAAAUCAAGUAUGACUGGUACCAGACAGAAUCUCAAGUAAUUGUUACACUUAUGAUCAAGAAUGUGCAGAAGAACGAUGUAAACGUGCAAUUUUCAGAAAAAGAGUUAUCUGCUUUGGUGAAGCUUCCGACUGGAGAGGACUACAAUUUAAAGCUUGCACUUCUUCACCCCAUUGUGCCUGACCAGAGUACUUUUAGACUACUUUCAACCAAGAUAGAGAUAAAAAUGAAGAAACCAGAGGCUGUAAGAUGGGAGAAGUUGGAGGGGCAAGGAGACAUACCCAUGUCCAAACAGUUCACCCCAGAUUCAAAACAUCUAUAUCCAUCAUCAUCUCAUUAUACAAGGAACUGGGAUAAAUUGGUUGGUGAGAUCAAAGAAGAAGAAAAGAAUGAAAAAUUGGAAGGCGAUGCGGCUUUGAACAAAUUAUUUCAGCAGAUUUAUUCAGAUGGGACCGAUGAAGUGAAACGUGCCAUGAACAAGUCAUUUAUGGAGUCUGGAGGCACAGUUUUGAGUACCAACUGGUCUGAUGUAGGUAAAAGGAAGGUAGAUGUUAAUCCUCCUGAUGACAUGGAGUGGAAAAAAUUCUAAAUAAAUUAAAUUUGCUAUCAGUAUUUUGAGUAUAUUCACUUAAUAAUGCCCUUUGUGUAUAGAAAUUGCAUUCUUGAAUUUGAGCACUGAGUGUUCUCUAGGAAGAUUAUACCCCUUUACCACUUCCUUGCUGUAGAAAAUUUUUCCUGCAGGUAUUUUAAAAGGUCUGAUCAAGAAUGCAAAUUCACUUUCCAUCACUGAUGCCAUCAAGGGAUUCAGCUAUAAUGAAAUUGAAUUAUGUCUCAUUUUAUAGAUAGAUAAAUUCUGAAUUUGGGGUGAAAGGAAUGUAGGAUUAUUGCCUUAUUUUUGAUGCACAGUAUUCUAUUAAUAAUUUAUUAGAUCUGGCAACUUUGGGUAAACAUACAUUUUUCAACUUCUGUUUUAAAUUAUGUUUGCUCUCUAACUCUGCUUCCAAAUAAAAUUGUAAAUAUAA